CCUCCUACCGUGCUGCUCAAUGGCGGCCCACCGUCUAGCCCUGUCUGUGCUCAUCGUUGCCUUCGCACUGCUCGCGCCCGGCGGCCACGCCGCAGGAGAGCCGUGGCAUGUGUGCGGCGACAGCGGCGAAUACGACGACAAGAGCGUGUACCAGGCGAACCUCAACCUCGUCGCCGCCGCGCUCCCCAAGAACGCCUCGGCGUCGCCCAACCUCUUCGCCACCGCCGAGGCCGGCGCCGUCCCGGAGAAGGUCACGGCUCUCGCGCUCUGCCGCGGGGACGCCAACUCCAGGGCCUGCUCCAGCUGCCUCGCCAACGCCUUCGCCAACCUCCCCAACGUCUGCCCCGGCUUCAAGGAAGCCGUCAUCUACUACGACGCCUGCAUGCUCCGCUACUCCGACGUGCAGUUCCUCUCCGCCGACGACUCCGGCCCCCUGGGCGUGGAGCUCACCUACACGGUCCGCAACGACGCCAACGCCACGUCGGAGCCGGGCCGGUACCAGCGCGCCGUGGCCACGCUCAUGAACGCCACCGCGGACUACGCCGCGUACAACUCCACGCGCCGGUACGCCACCGGCCAAGCCGACCUCGACCGGGAGUUCCCCAAGGUGUACAGCUGGGCGCAGUGCACCCCCGACCUGACGCCGGGCCGGUGCCGGGACUGCCUCGCUCAGUUGAUUGCGCAGUUGCCGGUGCAGUUUACGGACAGUAUCGGGGGCAGGCUUCUUGGUCCCCGAUGCAGCUUCGAGUACGAGACCAAGCCCUUCAUCAAUGGCCCGGUGAUCGUGCAGCUGCCAGCAACGUCGGCGAGCUCUGGAGCGCCGGCGCCGGCCGUAGUGCCCACGCCUCCUGCAUCCGCGACAGCAGAGGGUGAGCUCUUGAUUUCUAGUACUACUACUACUAUAUUUCACCUUCGCAUUCUUUUUUCUCCUCUCUUCUGCUCUGCUCUGCUUCAUAUGCUGCUCUGCUCGACGUGGGUGACACAACAAUCAGUGAAAACUCUUAUAUUUGAACCCACAGAUAGUGCUACAUGGAGAAAGUACAGUGUUCCUGGCAUGGUUCUUAUCAUUCUGCUGCCUAUGAUAGCAGCCAUAAACCUCGUCGCUUGGCUCUUUUCAUGGAGGAGGCGGCAGGUAUUGAGAAAGGCAAAGCAACCAGACCCAAAUUAUUCCACCGAUGAAGCAGAGGGCAUGGAAAGUGUGGAGUCAAUGUUAAUUGACAUUUCAACUUUGCGAGCUGCGACCGAGGAUUUUGCAGAAAGCAAUAAACUCGGCGAAGGCGGAUUUGGCCCGGUGUACAAGGGUACUCUCCUAAGCGGCGAUGAGAUCGCGGUGAAGAGACUCUCCAAGAGCUCAACACAAGGAGUGGAGGAGCUGAAGAAUGAGCUCGCCUUGGUUGCGAAACUGAAGCACAAGAACCUUGUUAGACUAAUCGGUAUCUGCUUGGAGCAACAAGAGAGGCUGCUCAUCUAUGAGUUUAUUCCUAACCGAAGCCUCGACCUGAUCCUUUUCGAUGAAGAAAAACGUCAAAAACUGGAUUGGGAAACGAGGUACAAGAUCAUAAAUGGAGUGGCUCGAGGCCUGCAGUACCUCCAUGAAGACUCUCAGCUCAAAGUAGUACAUCGUGACCUCAAAGCGAGCAACGUCUUGCUAGACAUGAACAUGAACCCGAAGAUAUCGGAUUUUGGCCUUGCGAAGAUUUUCGGGAGAGACCAGACCCAGGGUGUGACGAACCGCGUCGUCGGCACAUAUGGAUACAUGGCGCCAGAGUACGUGAUGCGUGGGAACUACUCAGUCAAAUCAGACGUGUUCAGCUUCGGCGUUUUGGUCCUGGAGAUCGUGAUGGGAAGGAAGAACAGUGAUUGCUACAACUCCCAUCAAUCUCAAGAUCUCUUGACCACAGUAUGGGAGCAUUGGACGGCCGGAACGGUGUUGGAGAUGGCAGAUCCGUCCAUGAACAAGAGCGAUGCGUUGAGGUGCAUCCAUGUCGGGCUUUUGUGCAUCCAGGGCAACCCGACUGACCGACCGAUGAUGUCGACGGUGGCCAUGAUGCUCGGCGGCGACACAUUCUCACUCCCUGCUCCCUCGAAGCCGGCCUUCUACUCUACAAACGCUGGUGCCAAUUCAAGCACCGGGUCCAGCAUGUCGAUCCCAUCAGUGCAGGCCCGUUCAUAGAAUUUACUUAAUAGCAACAAUUUCAGUUGCCAGUUCAAGCACCGGGUCAAGCAUGUCGAUCCCAUCAGUGCAGGCCCGAUCAUAGAGUUUACUUCAUCGCAGCAAUUUCAGCAGAAAUAGCCAAUGGGUUCUGGUCAUAUUGUCUUUCGUUCAUACGAGGACUACAGGUUUGCUGUUCAGCAACUUAUCGAGCAUCUUAUCCCAUCUUAAAGUUGGUUUAUUCGGCAGCCGCAAAUGCUACUCAUUAUAGGGAUUUCAACAAAGGAAAUUUAUUCAUUACUAAAGCCAAAGUCAGCAUGAGUACUAUUAUGAAAAAAAUUCAGACAUCAUGCUCGAGGAUAAAUUUUUGCGGGAAACUGGUAGACAGUCACUCAUUUUAAUUUGGACAACAACCAUGGUUGUGUUUCCCUAAUGUGUGUUUAAAUAUAUUCAGUGUGUAUUAAAGAAAUGUUGAAUUUGCAUUUUAUAAAAGUUCAGCAUAUAUUCGAAUAAGUGUUCAACAUGGAUUGUUAUUUUAAACGUGUGUUUGAGAAAUGCUCAACUUGUACACAAAAAAUUUCUACGUUUAUUUUAAAAAGUUAACAUGUAUUGGAAAAUUGAAAAGGCUAAAAAAAAGUAAAA